AUGUCCUCAGUCACCCUUACUAGCUCCGAUGGAGUUGAUCUUCCUGUUGAGCGCGCUGUUGCUGAGCGUUCCGUCUUAAUCAAGAACAUGCUGGAAGAUCUUGGCGACUCUGGUGAAGCCAUUCCAAUUCCUAAUGUCAACGAAGCCGUCUUGAAGAAGGUCAUCGAGUGGUGUGACCACCACAAGAACGACCCUCCCUCCGCAAAUGAAGACGAUGAUAACCGCCGCAAGACCACUGAUAUUGAUGAGUGGGACCAGAAGUUCAUGCAGGUCGACCAGGAGAUGCUGUUCGAGGUUAUUCUGGCUGCCAACUACCUCGAUAUCAAGGCUCUGCUUGAUGUCGGUUGCAAGACCGUUGCCAACAUGAUCAAGGGCAAGUCUCCGGAGGAGAUCCGCAAGACUUUCAACAUCCAGAAUGACUUUACUCCCGAGGAGGAGGAUCAGAUCCGCCGUGAAAACGAGUGGGCUGAGGACCGCUAA